CACCGUAUUGCAAGAUAAAUAUAAAUGUUUCGUCUGUGAAUUUUUUAAAAGUGUUAAUAUUUUUUAUUUUCAUCAAUAAAAGGACAUACUUGGAAUUAUCAUCAUCUUCAGUGACUCUGUGUGUGUAGAUAGUAACUUAUUAAAAUAAACAAGGCACGGAAUACUUAUGUCAAAAAGACUCUAAAACUCUAUGAAAUGUGUGAAGCAAGUGCAUGGAGAUAAGAAAGAGUUAUAAAGUGGAAGUGUAACCGAAAAGCUUUAGAAAAGAAUAUAAAAAGUGCUUACAAUUAAAGACUGAGUCAUUAAUUCUGUGAGGCUAGUGUUAAGUGAAGCAUGACUUCUAUUAUUAUGGCAUCGGAAAGUAUAGAAUUUGAUCCAGUUUUAUCGAAAUUGCUCACAUCGCUCAACGAAGCAGAUAAUAAAUUAUCAGGAGAGCAGGAACUUCAAUUUCUUCAGACAUUAUUACAAUCGAAAGAAAUUAAUGCACUUGUUAAUGUUCAUCACAAAGUUGCAAAACUUGGAAGGGAUGAACGUAUUGCUCCCAUUCUUUCUGCAUCGAUGCAGGUUGCAUUAGAAGUAUUAGAAUUGCUCGCUCCUCGUUGCCAUAUUUCACCGUUAUGUAGAGAAUUAUUUCAUUUGUUGCAGAAACCACAUUUACAGAGUUUAAUGUGUGCACAUGACGCGGUAGCUCAGAAAGAUUUCUCACCACAUCUUCCCGAAUUGCCUGUUGAAAUGGAUGAGGAUGAAGAGACUAUAAAGAUUGUUCAACUAGUCAAGAGUAAUGAACCAUUGGGUGCCACAAUAAAAACGGAUGAAGACACUGGCAAAAUUGUAAUAGCAAGAAUAUUAGUUGGUGGAGCAGCAGAUCGUUCUGGCUUAAUUCAUGUUGGAGACGAAGUUAUAGAAGUGAAUAAUGUAAAUGUUGAAGGCAAGACACCCUCGGAGGUUUUAGCUAUCCUACAAAACUCUGAUGGCGUCAUCACUUUCAAAUUAGUUCCGUCUGAUAGCAAAUAUGGCCAAAGAGAAAGUAAAGUUAGAGUGAAAGCAUUUUUCGAUUAUAAUCCUGAGAAUGACCCAUACAUACCUUGCAAGGAGGCUGGUUUAUGCUUUCAAAAAGGUGACAUCCUUCACAUUGUAUCACAGGAUGAUGGAUUCUGGUGGCAAGCUAGGAAAGAGGUUGACAAAACUACUCGUGCUGGUCUAAUUCCAUCUCGAGCAUUACAAGAAAGACGUAUCAUACACGAGAGAACACAAAUGGCUAGAGAAAUGAGUGGAAGUGAAUCAAAAAGCUCUUGUACUUCAUCUAUCUGCAUGACCCCGCCUGGUAGUCCUUAUCCAUCAAAUAGUUCAUGUCGUGGACCUAAAACUAAAAAAAUUAUGUAUGAUUUAGCUGAAAAUGAUGACUUUGAUCGCGAGAUGAUAGCCACAUAUGAGGAAGUAGCGAAACUAUAUCCACGACCUGGAAUUUAUAGGCCAAUUGUCUUAAUUGGUGCACCAGGUGUUGGUAGAAAUGAAUUAAUCAAACGAUUAAUAGCUCGAGAUCCUGAGAAAUAUCGCUGUCCAGUUCCUUACACAACGCGACCAAUGAAAAGUGGAGAAGUGCCGGGUAGGGAGUAUUUAUUCGUAUCACGUGAGAAAAUGGAAGCAGACAUACAGACAAGUCUAUUCAUUGAGCAUGGCGAGUUUAAAGGACAUCUUUAUGGAACAUCUGCUGAUAGCGUUAAAACUAUUAUUAAUGCUGGUGCAGUUUGUAUAAUGAAUCCCCAUUAUCAGGCUAUAAAGGCUUUAAGAACGCCACAACUUAAACCAUACAUAAUUCAUGUAAAGCCUCCGCUAUUUGAUGAGCUUAAAAUGACACGAUAUUCUGCCAAAGCUAUAUCAAGUUUCGAUGAAACAAGCUCCAGAGGAUUUACGGAUGACGAGUUUCAUGAAGUUUUGAGGUCUGGCGAGCGUAUUGAAUUCCUUUACGGACACUUUUUCGAUGAAACUAUCAUCAAUGAGGAUUUAGAGACGGCAUUUGAGCAGCUUGUUGAAACAGUCACUCGUGCCGAGAAUGAGUCUUUAUGGGCACCAGCAUCAUGGGUACAAUAGAAAGCUUUAUCAUAAAAGUAAUGUUUCUCGUGUGAAUCUUCUCUCUCUUUCUUCUAUUCUGUUCUUAAUCAAUGGUGCUUUUACUUGAUGAACAAAAGAGAAAAAUCUCCCAUUUUUAGUCAAAUUUUAUGUUUCCAUCCUUCCUUAUAACUUAUAUAUUAUUUUUAUACAUUUAGGAAUUUGUUUUUUAACCUUUCUAGAUAAUUUUUAUGCUCAAAUUUAUCUUAAUUUUCACUGCCUCCAUUAUCUAAUGACUCUUUUAUUGAGGAAUUUAAUGUAUAACAAAAGAAGUUGUCAAGAAUUUUCGUUGAUUCCUUUCGUAAAAAAAAUACAUAAUUCAUGAGGUUGGUUUGGAAUUUAUUGAUGGAAUUUACAGAAGCGAUUAUCUCACUCAAUAUUCAGAUGCCUAAAAUAUUCACACACACACACACCUGAGAGUCCUUGCAUAUUUUACGAGGACAAGAGUAAACACAUUUGGGUGUUUAUUUUGACUCAAACUGUCGAAUGUUUUGGUGAAAAUUUUCAUUUUCCUUGAACAUGGUUUUGGUAUAUCUAGCUUGUGUAUAUUGGUAAAUAGCUACGAUAUUCUUCACAGAUGGCUUUUAUCUUUAAUACUGUGUAUUCCUUAAGAAAGUGGUUUUUUGGAUAUAAACUUCGAGAACUUGUUUAGUUUCAAAAUUGCAUGAUACUUUGUGAACUUUUUGAUAGAAAUCUUAGAAAAUACAUAAGCCAAGACAUAAGUCUGCCUAAAAGUGAGAAGGAAUCGACACAAAUCGAUGAAAAUAGGCCUAGAUUAUGAAAAAAUUUCCAAUUUCAUACAUCAAUUAUUGCCAAAAUAACCUUCUUUCCAUCAAAAAGUUCAACCAACUUCUAUUUAUUAACUAUAGUAAAGACUAAAAGUCGUUCACUUAUGGCAUCCUCACAAAAUUAGGGUUUUUAAACUCGUCUUUAUCAUUAAAAUUUUAAUUUAAAAACAUUUCUUUUGUUUAAAGUGUCACACAACUCUAGUUCCCCCUCUAAAUGAUGGAUGUCAUAUGUGAAUGAGUCAUAAAAGGAUAUCCUGAUUUAAAAAUUUAACACAUUUAGGUGCCAUAGAUAAACAUCCAAAAAAAAAGAAAAACAAUUGAAAUUAAAAGUUUUAAUGAACUUAUUUUUUCCCAACAAAAAAAUUAUGAAAAAAUAUAUUAUAAAAAAUUUCUAAAAUUUCUCCCUACUCCAUCGCUUUUGAUCCAAAGAAAUUAAAGUUUCUGAGAAAGAUAUAACAAAAAAUAAAUUAUGGAUAAAAACCAAAACGUACCUUUUCAAGAUUUAAAAACUUAAUAAAUAAAAAAAUAGAAAUUACUUUUUAACCUUAUCAUAAAUUGAUGAAAAUUUUAAUAGUUUUGAUAAUGCAUACGAUGAGAACAUAACUAGUUAACCCAUGCUUUAAACAACCAAAAUUUUACCAUUUUUGCAUUUCUAAAAAUUCAUUUCAUUCUCUAGAUAAAAUUUUAUUUUCAACUUUAUUGAAUUGUAUAAAAAAGAAACUUGUUGAUUAAUUUAUAGAAGAGAUUUAAUUAUUCUAAUGUGAAUUGUGCAAGUAUGUAGUUAUAAUUUGUCUUUGUAUAAGCCAAAAAAUAAUAAAAAGAGAAAUCAACUUAAAAAGUUUGUAGUGUUCAGAGAGAAUAAAAGAAAGAAAAAAAAAUAUAUUUGAAAAGAAUCGAGCAUGUCUUUUUAAUUUUCACGAAUUAUUUGUGGCUUAAAGUCCAAUUUACUGGCUUUGGCAAGUCCUUCUGCAUAAAUUGGUAAUCUCUGGCACAUUCUAAAUGUAUGAAGAUCUCUAGAUUGACGGCAUUGAUUUAAAUCAACUUCACAGAUUAAAAUUCCAUCAUCAUCACGAGACAUUCCUGGUGAACGACAUCCUUCAGGCGUAGCUAGAUAAGUCGAUCCAUAAAAUGGCCCCAUAUCUUUAUGUGCUUUUGUGCCGUCAGCUGAUGUAAAUUCAUUUGGAAAAAUUUCAGUUCCUACACGGUUUAUAGUAACAGUGAAGAAAGAAUUGGCUACGGCUGCAUUACGACCCUCAAUGAACCACAUUCUGUCACUUAGACUUCCCCCAAUUUCAGCACUUGGAUUGAAAACAAUUUCAGCUCCAUUAAGUCCAAACAUCAUCCAAUUUUGAGGAUGAUGACGACCAUAGCAAAUGUUAAU